AUGGGCGCCACCGGGGCCGCCAAUCUCAGCGUGACAUUGCAUUACGUCGGGGUGACACGGGUGGGGCUCGGUGGCUUGACGUCUGUGGCGCACCCGCCGUUGGAACUCUGCUGCUACUGCCACGGCCACGGCCACGGCCACGGCCACUGCUGCUGUGGCUGGGCUCCUCCGCUGAACCACUGCCACCAUGCUCAGUUGAUCCAAAACCUGCCCACGCACCCGCUCUCCCGCCGCCCCUGGACUGACACAAGCACCGCGCCAUCCGCCUCUCGCCUGGCCGCGCGACCUGCGCUGUUGGCUGACACAUUCCCAUUCCGUAGAAUGCUCGCCUUGCAGCCGGCACCUGCCAUGCCAUGCCAUGUCUUGGCCGGGGCGACAGGCGGUAACGAAAAGCCUUCAAUUCCCACAUGCAGGUCGACCCCUGCUGAAAUCUCGCCGAAGACGCCUGCCAUGGGCGUUUUGGGAGAAGCGUUGUGGACCGCUGGCACUUUAGGCACGAACCGAUCAUCUUCUGGAACAUGAGGCUUCGACAAGUCCUGACUGUCUCGUCGUCCAAGCCUGUCUGCCCGGAUCGGCGUCCGAGUUGACCACGGAGAUGGCAUCCCGUGUAGUCCUAGAGCCUCGACUUGUGCCUUCGCGUCGUCCCGUAUCCAGCAAGCGCCUCCAGCUGUACCCGCUUUACGGAGCCAUUGAGCUGUCUUCACGAAACACAGGCACGCACGCUUGCAUGCCACCCAUUGCCCCACCCGCUGACCCAGGUCUAGGGAAUAUAUCUCAACUUUGGUGGCACUCGAGACCCGCAAAAAGCUUCGCUGCCUCUUGUGCUUUGCAUACUCACUUACGCAAAACUACUCUCCUACUGGUCAUUACCCCUACGUCAGCCGCUCUAAACAGCACCGUGUUUCUCUUUUUUGCUGCCGCACUACCACACUAGUCAACCAUCCGGG